AUGGCGGCCAUGGCGGCCAUGACGUAUACGUCGUAUGCCCUGCAGCCCAGUGUCCUCGCCACCAAGCCUUCGAGCUGCGCUUCCAACGGCCCUAGGCGGCCACUGGCGCCUGUGCACCUCCAGGGCCAGGGCCGCGGUGUAGCUGGCAUUCUGCUGAGUUGCUCACUGCCAUUGGUCAGAGCAAGGAGGCGCAGGGUGUCGCGCAAGGCGGAGGGCUUUCCAGCACAGAUUGCCCAGCAGAUCAGGCAGGCCUUCUUCAAGACGGAGAAGAAGCUGAAGGUGCUGCCAGAUUUGCUGCACACAUUGCAGGAUGUCUAUCAGACCAAGCUCCAACCCUUGGAAGAGCACCUGCAGUUUCAGCGAUUUUACGAUACCGCCGAGCUGUCUGCCGCAUACUUCACUGCAAAACCCAUGGUGCUGGUGCUGGGACAGUAUUCCACAGGGACACCUGGCGACUGGUUGGGAUUGGCAAAGACAACAAUUCGAUAG